AUGGCAAAGUUAGAGCCGCACGCUGGCGACUACUACCUUUGGAAAUAUGUGCCAUCGAUCCCAGCAGCUGUCAUCUUCUUCCUUCUCUUCGUAUGCACGACUGCCUUCCAUUCCUGGAAAAUAUGGAAGACGCGAGCGCGGUUCUGCAUCCCCUUUGCCAUUGGAGGACUGUUUGAAAUCAUCGGCUAUAUAGGUCGAAUCGACGCGCACGGGAAAACCGGAAAGCUUGGCCCCUAUAUCAUUCAAAGUGUCUUUAUUCUUCUCGGACCGGUCCUCUUCGCGGCUUCGGUAUAUAUGGUCCUCGGACGCCUUAUCCGCAGCAUUCAAGCCGAGAAGCACUCAGUUAUUCGCGUAAACUGGCUCACAAAGAUAUUCGUCGCCAGCGAUGUCCUCUCCUUCCUCGUCCAGGGCUCGGGGGCGGGUCUUAUGGCAAGCGGGUCGAGUGCAAACAUGGGCAACAACAUCGUCAUCGCGGGACUUGUGAUCCAAGUGCUCAUGUUUGGGCUGUUCAUGGUUACAUCGUUCGAAUUUGAGCGGCGUAUGAACCGGGCUCCGAGCGGGCAUGUCUUCGAUGCUGAUGUGCCGUGGAAGACCCACUUGCAUGUUUUGGAUGCCGUCAGUGCUUUGAUAUUGAUUCGGUCGGUGUUUAGGGUGAUCGAGUACGCUGGGGGACAGGACGGGUACUUGCUUGGGCACGAGUGGACCAUGUAUGUAUUUGAUUCGGUGCCCAUGGUCACUGCAAUGGCAUUGUGGGCAGUCUGGCAUCCAGGUGUCAUUCAAAGCUCUGCCACGCGCACGCGCACGCACACGCAGGCGCUAGAUAUGACGAUGGGUUGA